AUGCCUAACAAUCCAGGGAUGCAAAUGGCUCAAGCACCACAAACAUUGGCACGCAUAGAGCCACCAGCCCAACAGGUCGAACCAAACCCUGGUAUAGUAUUGGUAAAUAGGAACCAAAAUGCUGAUGAAGUAAUAGGGAAUAUUCAACAAAACCGUUUCGAUAGGCAGAAUAACCUGGCCCAAAUGGUCGAAACGAUUUUGGUACAAAAUGGUUUGAACUUAGGCUUACACAGGCCUAAUUUUGUGUCUCCAUUAUCUGAGUAUGUGUUACAGACAGAAUUACCAAGGGGUGUGAAAAUCCCUAAGUUUACUAAGUUUGCAGGAGAGACAAAUGAGUCCACUGUUGAACACAUUGCUAGAUAUUUGGUCGAGGCAGGGGAUUUGGCUAAUAAUGAAAAUUUAAGAAUGAAAUUUUUCCCUAGUUCCUUGACUAAAAAUGCUUUUACAUGGUUUACAACCCUUCCUCCUCAUUCCAUACAUAAUUGGAACCAAUUGGAAAGGAUUUUCCAUGAGCAAUUUUAUAUGGGACAGUCUAAGAUCAGCCUUAAAGAAUUAGCCAGCGUUCGACGCAAGGCACUUGAAUCAAUUGAUGAUUAUUUGAACAGAUUCAGACUCUUAAAGGCAAGGUGUUUCACCCAAGUCCCUGAACAUGAAUUAGUCGAAAUGGCUGCUGGUGGCCUAGACUAUUCGAUUAGAAAGAAAUUAGAUACCCAGUAUUUAAGGGAUAUGGCUCAAUUGGCUGAUAGAGUUCGACAACUCGAACGAUUGAAGGCUGAAAAGGCUAGAAAUUCUAAAUUCCACAAGAAGGAAAAGGUUGCAUAUGUCGAAACCAAUGACAGUGACCAGGAGUUCGAUAUUAUUUAUGAAAAUAUCGAAGACAAUGAGGUUGAUUUAGCAUAA